CCGCCCUUGACUACCCAGCUAAAGGCACUGUUAAUAAGCGAGAGCCGGAGGGAGGGAGAAACCGAGUAAAAUAAUCAGAAAUUCAAAACAUGUACUCUCGCUCUUUGCUUUCCGCCCGUCGCCCGGAGCAACCAUAGCACUCACUCGCCCCUCUCACCCUCCCUUCCCUCCUCCCUUUCCCACUCUCUCCCACCCAUCCGCCCUCUCCCUCCCUCCCUCCCGUUCCUUUGGCGCAGGCCCACAUGGUGCCACUAGUGAGGGAGGUUGGGCCAGGGUGUGUAAGGAAGGUUUUAAUAUGCUAUCCCCCUCGUGAGUCGUGUGUGUGAGGCGUGAGUGACCCGUGAGUGAAGGUGUGAGUUGACAGGCCCGGGGAGGGUGUGUGAGGGUGUGUGAAGGCCCUAAACAACUCCUGUGCCAGACUUCUCCUCUUGAGAGUGACGGACUGACGCCACCACCGUCACCUCUACCGCACCACCACCACCACCACCGCCGCCAUGGGGGCCGCCACCGCUAUAUUUAUGGUGUUCGUCGGGUGCUGCAGCAAUGUGAUCUUUCUGGAGUUCCUUGUACAGGAUGAGCCUGCGUGCGGGAACCUCCUCACAUUCGCACAGUUUGUCUUUAUCACAAUCGAAGGCAUUAUCUUCACCAUGGAUUUCGGGAGGAAGAAAAAUGUGAUACCGAUAAAGGACUACCUCAUUCUAGUCGUCAUGUUUUUCCUCGUCAACGUCACAAACAACAUGGCUUUUGGCUUCAAGAUCUCCAUGCCGCUACAUAUCAUCUUCCGCAGCGGGGGGCUCAUCGCUAGCAUAGUAAUGGGCGUCAUUGUGAUGGGCAAGAAGUACAGCGGGGCCAAGUACCUGUCUGUGUUCAUGAUCACUUCAGGCACCAUCAUCUGCACCUUUGCCUCGGCUGAGCAUGUGGAGGAGGGCGGGGACGCUUCCUCCAACUUCCUGACGUGGCUGUCGGGCAUCGCUAUCCUCACCUUCGCCCUCUUCCUGUCGGCGAGGAUGGGCAUCUACCAGGAGUGCCUCUACACCAAACACGGCAAGCACCCGCACGAGGCCCUCUUCUUCAUCCACACCCUCUCGCUGCCCGGGUUCAUCCUCGCUUUGGGCAGCAUCCUCGACCACGCCCGCAGGUUCAGCCAGUCAGCCCCCCUCCCCCUCCUCGCCCCCUUCCCGAUCCUCGCCCACCUGCCCCGCCUCUGGAUCUACCUGGCCGGAAACGUGCUCACCCAAUACCUAUGCGUGGGCUCCGUGUUCCGGCUGACCUCGGAGUGCACCGCCUUGACCGUGACCCUCGUGCUGACCCUCCGCAAGUUCAUGUCACUCGUGUUCUCCAUCCUCUACUUCCGCAACCCCUUCACGAUGCAGCACUGGGUCGGCACCUUCAUGGUCUUUGCCGGGACGCUGAUCUUCACCGAUGUGUUAGGGAAAGCGAGGGAGGCGUUAGCGAGACCCGAGCCUAGGAGCAAGACGGAGUAAUGGUUGUGUUUUUAUAUUCUUGUUUUGUUUUGUUUUAUUUUUCUUUAGUUUCCCAUGUGGUGUACUCUAACUUUCCUCCUCUCUCUUCAUCUGUAUCUUCUUUUCAUCUUUCCUCCUCCUCCUCCUCCUCCUCCGUUAGCGAGACCCGAGCCUAGGAGUACGACGGAGUGAUGAUUGUGUUUUUAUAUUCUUGUCUUGUUUUGUUUUAUUUUUCUUCAGUUUCCCAUGUGGUGUACUCUAACGUUCCUCCUUUCUCUCUUCAUCUGUAUCUUUUUUUCCUCCA